AGUGCUCAUGGGCACGGCGGGGCCGCUGCUGCCGGUGUCGGUCCGGGGCGGCAGUGCUCUGGCGGGCAGGGCCGCUGCGGCCCGGCCUCGCCGUCUGAGCGUUGAGGUUCAGGUUGGAUACGAGGGAAAGCUCCUCCACAGGUCGGAGGUGGGGUCAGCAUCCCUGUGGGACCAGGGGACACGGCCACAGGUGGCACUGGCAGUGCUGGGGAGGUGCUUGGACUCGAUGGGCUCUGUCUUUUCCAGCCCAGACGGUUCCGUGGUUCUGCCGUGCCUGAGGGAGGUGCCUGUGUUUGUGAACACCUGUAACAAACGGGGUGUGGGAGGGAGCUUGGGACCUGCCGUGGCUUUAUGGCUCGGAAUGGCAUGUAGCCAAGUAUACAUUGAACGGUAUGGCAAGGAGCGAAACACCCGAUACGCAGGUGCUAAGGAUGGACUGGUGUGCUGGAGGGAGGACUGGGGCAGCAUUUAAGUGGAGGAAGCACCACAGGCUAUGAAUUUCCCGGCUGUUUCUUGCCACUGGCUGUGGUGUCUAAAUCUGUCAAGGUUUUUCACAGUUAUUGUGUACAAGUGUGAUAAAUCUCUCGGGCGCUUUCAAGAAAACCUAUGUGAUUUUACAGUUCUCAUUCCUUUCAGUUUGCUCUUUGUGCUGGGGGACCAGCCGUGGUCCCUCGCUCCGUGCGGGGAUGCUGUCCGAGCACAGCCCAUGCCUGUGUGACCCAAUGGGAGCGCUGAAGUCCUCGGUAGCAAUGCGGGAGUGAGGGUUAGUUCUGCUUCUCUAGAACCAGCAGAGGCCGCUCCACGUUGUCUUUUAAAAGGAAAACCAUCCUGGUUUGCACAGUUCCUGGGAAUUUACGUAUAACGCAGACAUGCACGCUUUGGAUGGAAGUUUUACAUCUUUGAGGCUGAGAAUGGACUUGGACAUUAAUAGUGCAGUAUGUGAGUGUUUGCUAGUUUUACUUUGCUAUAGUAAUUGCUGUUUUUUUAACAUUCUCUUUGAAGCCAACAUGUCUCAAGAGACUGGAAGUGAAUCACAGCAAUCUCAGAGUUCCCAGCAGCCACAGAGUGGUACCAGUUCUUCCAGUGGGUCACAGAGCACUAGUCAGUCUUCCUUAAGUUCUGGAACUCUCAGUUCCUUGGACACUGUUCCCACUCAGGAGCUUCCAUCCAUCCCUGAGGACCAGGAAUGUGAAGAGCUGGUUCCUCAGCCUUGGGGUCGACUCUUUGCACUUGGAAAAGGUUUCAGCAAUUGUGACUGUGUGAAUGAGGAAUACUGGUUUGGGAGGGACAGAAGCUGUGAUUACAGUUUUUCUAAGCUGGGAUUGUCUGAGACUAGCUUCUACCAAAACUAUAGCAAGAAGCACUUCCGAAUUUUCAGGGAAAUGGGUCCAAAAAAUUCCUUUGUUGCCUACAUUGAAGACCACAGUGCAAAUGGGACAUUUGUUAAUAGAGAGCUCGUUGGAAGAGGGAAGAGGCUUCCACUGACACACAACUCUGAAAUUGCAUUGUCUGUACAGACCAAUAAGGUGUUUGUAUUUUCUGAUCUUACUGUGGAUGAUCAGAUGACGUUUCCUAAAGAAUUCAGAGAGAAAUAUAUAAUGUCAAAGACUUUGGGAAGUGGUGCCUGUGGAGAAGUCAAACUGGCAUUUGAGAAGAGCACCUGUAACAAAGUUGCAGUGAAAAUCAUCAAUAAACGGAAGUUUGUGGCAAGUGGCCUGACUGAUGAAAACCCAGCUUUAAAUAUCAAUACAGAAAUUGAAAUUUUGAAGAAAAUAGAUCACCCUUGCUUAAUCAAGAUUAAAAAUUUCUUUGAAGCAGAAGAUUACUACAUUGUUUUGGAACUGAUGGAGGGAGGAGAAUUGUAUGACAGAGUGUCAAGGCCAAUCAAGAUGAAAGAAGAAAUCUGCAAGUUAUACUUUUAUCAGAUGCUUCUAGCUGUAAAGUAUCUUCAUGACAAUGGAAUUAUACACCGAGAUCUAAAGCCGGAAAAUGUGCUACUUUCAUCUUCUGAAGAGAUAUGUCUUGUAAAGAUUACAGAUUUUGGACAAUCCAAGAUUCUUGGAGAAGCUUCUCUUAUGAAAACAUUAUGUGGUACUCCCAUGUAUCUUGCUCCUGAGGUUCUAAAUUCACUUGGGACUGCUGGAUACAGCCGAGCUGUGGACUGCUGGAGUUUAGGAGUUAUUCUUUUUGUAUGCUUGUGUGGAUAUCCACCAUUCAAUGAGCAAAAUACUGAGCUCUCUCUGAAGGAUCAAAUCACUUGUGGAAAAUACACCUUCAUUGCAAAAGAAUGGAAGCAUGUAUCAUACAUGGCUCUGGAUCUUGUGAAGAAGCUGUUAGUAGUGGAUCCAAGCAAACGUCUUACCACAGAGGAGGCCUUAGAGCAUCCUUGGCUUCAGGAUAAGGAUAUGAAAAAUACAUUUGAACAGCUACUUGCUCAGACACCUACCAAUAUGAACCCACCAGAAACAUCAAAAAUGCCAACCACAAUGAGAAAACGUCCCCAUGAAAAUGAGGAAGACAAUGGCUCUGCUAAGCGUGCUGUUCCUUCUACCUCGUAUCAGAAAAUGAGGUGAAAAGGAAAAUGACUUUGUUAAUGACAGCUUUUUUAUGGAGAGCAGAAUUUUUUAUUAAGAAAAAUCUUAAUAAUGGAAUAAACUGUUGAAGAUGUAUAAUUUUCAAAUAAAAAUAACUUUGUAAGACUGAA